CUCCUCUCAUCCGCUUCUCCCUGUCUCCAGCUCAGUGUGGGGAAGAAGAGAGAAGUGUGUAAAGCGUGAUGAGAGAGAGAAAGAAGGUAAGAAAGAAGGUUCAAUGGUAGGGAGAGGAAUUUGUAGGUUGCACUUUCCAUUUUUUUGUUGCCAUUUUUUUUUUGGGGCUUCCUUGAGCUCCCGCCAGAGCGUCACACUUUUAAACAUGAGGAAGUAAUUUUUCUUUUUUUUUCCCUUGUGUAAAUUGCGUUUAUCCGAACCAACGGUGGUGAAAAACGGGAGCAGUUGCGUCCUUCAGGGGGGAACCACCGCGCGAGGAAACACACCAACACCGCCCGAGAGAGAGGUGCUGCAGGAGGAGAAGGGGAGGUGGUGGUGGUGGAGGGAGAUAAUAUAGAACAGAGCAACAUUGGCACCAGCAGCGGAAAAAUAAUAAGAGGAAAACUCAGUUGUUUUUUAUUCUACUGGGACGAGCAGGAGCUGAGCGAAAGUGGAAAUAGAGAGGUGUGCGAAAAAGAAAACACGGGAGAGGAGUAAAUCGAAGGCAACACAAGACUUGAAGCAAGCCCCGACUCACCUGACGCGCUUGCCAGGUGGGACAGCCUGCACUCUCUAAACCCUCUCCCCCCUCUCUCUCUCUCUCUCUCACUCUCUCUCUCUCCUCCUCGCUUCCUUUAUCUCACCCUCCUCUUCCUCCUCCUCCUCCUCCUCCUCCCUGGAGAUGGUCCGUUGGCGGGCCCUGCUGCUGCUGACCUAUCACCUGGCCUCCCUGCUGGCCUCGGCGGCGGCGGGCUCUGAGCGCCAGCGGCACCGCGUGCAGCACGGCCCCUGCACCUACACCUUCGUGCUGCCCGAGCUCGACCACUGUCGCCCCGCCCUGUCACCCCUCCAGGACCUCCCCCAGGGGGCGGCCGACGCCCCGCAGAGGGACUCCCCAUCCCAGGGAGGCCCGGGUGUGGAGGACUCCCCCCGGGGGGAGGAGGACACGGAGGGGAGGGCAGCCCGGAUGAAGCACGCCAGGCAGGAGAGGAAGCUGGAGAGCCUGGAGAGCGCCAUGGAGAACAACACGCUGUGGUUGCGGAGGUUGGAGAGCUUCAUCAGGGAGAAUGUGCGCUCCGGUAUGGAGGAGAAGAGGAACGAGGUGCACACACAGACGGCGGCCAUGUUGGAAAUGGGCACCAACCUCCUCAGCCAAUCGGCGGAGCAAACCCGCAAGCUGACGGACGUGGAGACCCAGGUGUUGAACCAGACCAGCCGGCUGGAGAUCCAGUUGCUGGAGUACUCGCUGUUCACCAACCGGCUGGAGAAACACAUCCUGCAGCAGACCCAGGAGAUCUCCCGGCUCAACGAGAAAAACAGUUUCCUGGAGCAGCGGUUCUCGGCGCUGGAGUCCCGCUACGGCAGGGAGCUCCAGGGGCUGCAGCAGGAGAAGCAGCAGCUGCAGGAGCUCCUGGACAGGCAGAGCCGCCUGGUGGGACAGCUCCAGGGGGAGGUGGACGGCUCCACGGCCAACAGCUCCAUGCUGCAGAGGCAGCAGGCCCUGCUCACCAACUCUGUUCAGCAGCUGCUGGCCAUGGUCAACCACUGCAAUGAGAUCGCCACAACGGCAAAAGAGGAGCAGGCCAGUUUCAGAGACUGUGCAGACAUCCUGCGUUCCGGAGUGAAAGACAACGGGAUAUACAGCAUCCGCCUCCCAAACUCCACCCAAACCGUCAAGGUGUUCUGUGACAUGCAGACCCGCGGCGGGGGGUGGACCGUGCUGCAGCACCGGUGGAACGGCUCGGUGGACUUCCACCGCGGAUGGAGCGACUACAAGGCGGGCUUUGGAGAUCCGUCCGGAGAGCACUGGCUGGGGAAUGACAUCAUCCACCAGCUGACCAGCUCCCAGGACUACAGCCUGCAGGUGCGUCUGAGGGACCGCGGCGGCAGCGAGGUCUUCUCCCAUUACGACCACUUCCACGUGGACGCUGAGGACGCCAACUACAGCCUCCACGCCCAAGGGUUCAGCGGCACAGCGGGGCGCACAAGCAGCCUGACUCACUCCGGCACGGCCUUCAGCACCAAGGACAGGGACAACGACGGCUGCACCUGCAAGUGUGCGCAGAUCGCCUCUGGGGGCUGGUGGUUUGAGGCCUGUGGUCCAUCUAACCUGAAUGGGAUGUACUACCCGGCAUCCUCCACCGUGGUCAGCUACAACGGCAUCAAGUGGUACUACUGGAAGGGCCCCACGCUGAUGGCUACCAUGACAACCAUGAUGGUGCGCCCGGCAAACCUGUAGAGCCGGGAACAUUCUGUUAAUUUGCUGUGUGUGUGUGUGUGUGUGUGUGUGUGUGUGUGUGUGUGUGUGUGUGCGUAUGCGUGCGUGUGUGUAUGUGUGUGUGUGUGUGUGUGUGUGUGUGUGUGUGUGUGAUUGUGCGUGCGUGCGUGCGUGCGUGCUUGCGUGCGCGCGCGCGUGUGUGUGUGUGUGUGUGUGUGUGUGUGUGUGUGUGUGUGACUGGGUGUGUGUGGGCAUCGGCCUGUGUAUAUGGUGAGGUGGGCAUGGUUGCGGUAAGACGAAUGGUUCAAAUGGAACGCAGCCCCCACCGGGAGACUCUUUGAACGCGGAGCCUCAGAACGGACAUUGGGACACUUAGGAUUCCUGUCUAACGACUUAAACAGAACGAUGUUCCGGAGUCCCAGUGAAGAAACUGAAAUGCACUGAAAAGUACAUUUCCAUGAAGUGCCGAGUCUAUAAAUGAAGAAAACAUAUUUAAAAAUGAUUGCUAACCAUUGAGCUCAUCAGCUAGUAAGAUAUUACAGUCUAUAGUGAUUCUUUCAUGCAUUUAUUUUCAAACAUUUGUGUUGGUCCCAUUCUUUUUAUUCUAACGGCAUUUUACUAUCGCAGUGGCAAAUUGCUUUUUUUUUUACCCUCCAUUUAAAUUUUAAAGGACCAUCCUUGAUGUGUCUUUUAAAAGAUGCAUUUACAAAUCAAUGCCGUCCCCAGUUAGAACUCAAGCCAAAAAAAAUCAUCUGUUUAAGACCAUGCCUUCAAAUGCGUUCUUUAUGGUAUACUUUAAUGCUUAAAUAAAAGGGCUACUUUUUACCCAUGUGUACAACACAAGCUGCAGCUGGGUCCUGCAAUUAAUCGGAGUAAAAUAAUAAGAAAAAACGAGGUCGUCUUGCGCACUUGAGGACCGCUCGGUGCCUGGAGACCCAUUGGCAACAGGGUGGGUUUAUCCCCUGCAACAAUGGACCCAUGUGCCUGCCUCCGUGAAGCGGGCACAGCUUGUGAGUCCACCGUGUGGGAUAAUAAGCAUGAGUCAUCGGCAAAUGGACAACACGCUGCUUCUUCAUUAAAAUCUGUGGGGCUCUUGCAAUCGUGCAAACUAACGAAAAAAAGAAGAAGAAAGAAUGUGAAGGAAAUCACAGAUCGGCUUCGAUUGUCAAAGUUCCCCGGGAGCUAAUGUGGGAUAGUGAAAGCAGUCUCCUAGCAGUGCACUGAAUGCAGUAGACAUCGGAAAACUGACCGACCAACACAUACACACACGUACACACACCAAUACACACCAAAAGUGUGCAACCAACCGGGUAUACUCCCUGACCCCUUGGCUAAUGGGGUUUCUAGUGACCUUGGGGUCGAAGAUGGGGUGAUGAAUCACAGUGUGUUGGGGGGUCCGGGUUGGGAGAGGGCAGGUUACGGAGCACCCUCUCUCCGGGCGACUGGCUGAACCGGUCAGCAUUAGGAGCCAGCUCGAGUGCUUGUGUUCCAGUCCAGUGGAGCAGCCAUCUUCUCUGGGUCAGGCCUUCCGCCUCCGGUUCUCCAUUCAGCCCCUUAUUUUAUGUACAAUAAAAACAACAAAAACGUA